CCACGAAUUGAGUCUACAAGAGAUAAAGUCUGAAGUUUUUCUCUUACCCACAAGGGUAACGACAGAACGGUUAAAAUUCUAAUUAACCGGUUUACAAAUUUACAUAAAUCAUUUACUAAUCCGAGUGUAAUUAAGUUUAUUAUGAAAUGUGGUUAGUUUGGAGGUCACGUGAUUAUUAAUUCUUUAGUACUUGUUUUCUUUGACCGAGUGGGUCCAUGGUGAAGUGAUGAAUAUUGCGUAAUAAAUAAAUAUAGAAAGUGAGCAAAAAAAUAAAAGUUGAAAAGGUAAAUUGGAAUAGAAAAGGCUUCUUGCUGCUAGAAACGAGUACAUUGGCUUGGCAAGAUUCCAUAAGUUUGUUUCACCAAAAAGGAAAGAGUAAAGAAAAACUUGGCUCUGCUCUCUUUUUUAAAAUGGUGGACUGGUUAAGAUAGGAGACUCAAUUUCUAAUUCAUCAAAAUAUUUCUUUGGCGUUUUUAUUUUGUGGUCACUUGAAUAAUAAUGUCUCAGCUUCUCUUCCAUCUCUCCAAACUCUCUUCCCGGAACAAUGUGCUUAUACACAAGAGCGUUCGCUUGUUUUCAACAAGCCCGUAUUUGACACUUGGCAGCGUUGGUGAAGACUUGCCGGGAGAAGGCGGCGGCUACAUCGGAGAUAUCCUCUUGUUCGAUCCGGCCAAGGAAGAGUUAGUCACAGUCAAGGACAAAACAAUACCUGAAGAGCUUAUUAACUCAAAACUGGUCGGAGCUUCACAUGGAUGGACAUUUUUCUCUGACCGAUGCAAUCAUAAUUCUGUACGUAUCAGCGACCUUUUUAAUCCCCUGGCUUCCAAGUCAAACACCAAGAUAAUUCCUCUGCCUCUGCUUACUACUAUGAUCUAUGGCCAAACAGAUGUUGUCUGGAACGUGGCAAUGUCUUCAUCUUCUCCUCACCAAGACAAUGAGGAAGAAGACUGUGUAGUGGCUAUCAAUUUCUUGGGUAACCAACUGAGUAUGUGCAGGCCCGGUCGUGACCUCUGUUGGACUAACAAACAAAUCCCUUUCGUCUGCUCGGAAAACUCAAAUCUUAUGUACUCGAAGAGAGAUCAAAGGUUCUAUUUGCCUGCUCCUGGAGGCAACUACUUGUGCUCUUAUGAUCUCCACUUCGAUAACGAUCCUAUGUUCAAUGAGUUGGUGUUUCUGAACCUCCCUGAGUUGCCACAGUCCGAGUGGGAGCUGUUGAAUUCUUGUUUCAAGGAGGACCAUUGGGUGGAGUCACCUUCCGGCCAAAGUUUCUUAGUCAAAUGGUACUCUCACGUCCCUUCUCAACGAUACAAAGAGCCGAUAUUGAUGGUGUUUAGAGAGGAUGAAGAAACAGAAGAGGGAACAAGAAACAUGUGUUACACCGAGGACAUUGGAGAUCUUUGCAUCUUCCUUUCAAAGAGUGAUCCUUUCUGUGUUGUGGCAAGCUCUUGCCCUGGUCUCAAACCUAACUCCAUCUACUUGAUGGGCCGUUGCUUUGCUGUUUAUGAUCUCACCACCCGAACCGCCCAUCACUUUAAACCUCCCAAAGAUGGACCUGAAAGGGUUCCUUUCCUCCCCUACUGGCUUCCUCCAUUUUCUACCUAGUUCUUUGGUUGGUGUUGGUUUUAUAUGCGGUGUGUUUCGAUUUUUAGUUUCGAUCUACCGAUUUGGAUUGCUAUGAUCUACUUUAGGGUCAUCUCUAUGUUCCUUUUCGACGUUAUUAAUUUAUGGUUCGUGGCACUUA